UAAUUUUACCUUUAGAAUAAUACACUUAAAACAAUCGUUUUUUUUAAAUGAACGAAGAACUGUUUAUUUUGAUAAAAAGAGGUUUGAUUACCCGAUAUUGAGUGAUCCCUUAUAAGGAUAGGGAAAAAUACAUAAGAAUUGCUUUUCAAAAGCUAUUUAAAUUUACAAAUUUCCAUUGGCAGCACUACGAUUUAUUAGUUUUUUUUGAAGGCAUUUUUAUUCGUAGCUUGCUUCAUGACAAUUUUCGUUCUUGGUUGUCAGAGUUCACAUUCAUUCUUGCACAUGAAAAGGAGUGACGCUUAGCGAAAAGGAACCUUUGGCGCAAUAUGAAAUGGAAGCGCCAACUACUACCGCCGAAGACCAAAAAUUGGUAAUCAAGCAGAUUUGUCUUGGUGCUGAAGCUAAAGACGGUGAAUUCAAUGUAGUACAGGUUGAAACAAGAAUUAAUCAAAAAGAGACCUUAAAAAUACCAAUUGCGGUGCUUAAAGCUGGAGAAACACGCGUUUUACGUCCCAAUGUAGAAUUCCUGAAUACUUCAGUGACAUUUAAGCUAAUUCAAGGGACAGGGCCCGUUCAUAUGUAUGGUCAAAAUUUAUAUGGUCAGAAUUUGUACGGUCAAAACUCUGUCGAGGAGUAUGGUGAAGCCCCUUGGUCUGAAAAUGAAGAAAUUGAUGAUGAUGAUGAUGAUGAAUACGAUGGAGAAGCGUCACCGCCACCACAAACUAAUGGAAAAAAUGGUCAUAAAAGAAAAUGAAUGUAAUUUACAUUAAGCUGGACGAAAUUAAUGGUUAUACCCAAGUUAAGUUUAUUACGUAAAAGGAUUGUAAUAGAAACAUAUUUUUGUACGUUUAAGAUAAGAAUAUUGACCGUAUGUCAACAGUUUGCUACCUUUAAAUUAAUUAAAAGGAAAAUGUAUUAAUGUACUAUGAAAUGGUGAAAACAGUUAAAAUUAAUUUCUAAUACAAUAAGGAAACAAAUUUUUAAUACUACAGUAACUUUUAUAUUAGAAAAAGUAAUUUCAAUUUUACUGUACAACUUCCAUUUAUUUUCUCUUAUAGUAAUAUAUUAACUUUAAUAAUAAGAGACUUUUCCAAAUGAAAACCAUCUACGUUGUUUUCAUUUAAUAAUCACUAUUAACUAUUUUCAUGUGUUGGAGACAAAGUUUUUCAUGGUUUGUUACCAACUCCUAACUAAGCUAAAUAAAACAUUAAGCCACGAAA